UGUCGGUGUCAGAAAGGCAACUUCACCAUAUUUAGCUGGCUUGCCGAAGCCCUGCAGAGUUGUUCUGUCAACCAGCCUGGAAAUCCCGACACUUAUCGGCGGAUACACAGCGGGGUUGACAGCUUCGUUUCGACGCUUGGACACUACUUCCAGACGACGACGUCUGCGGAAGACCGAGACUGGGAUAAGCGACCCGCCUGAAAGCAGCUGUUUUUAACGCGACAAAAAGUGGCCGUCGUCUGUCAGAAUUCCAACUAUUAGUAGAGCUAGCCUGCGAGCUAACCACUUUAGCUGCUCCUACGACUCCUUGUCCCGUGGUUAAAUAUUUAUGUCGUCCCUGGGGACGGCCAUACAUCGGUGGGGAUUUAGUUGGACUCAAUGACCCCGCUGUGAUGAUCUCCUGACAGCUCCUCUAGUCUGCUCCAGCCACUUUCCCCCAAAGCCUGGCUAGCAAGCUAACUUGGCUAACUAGCAGAUUUUCAUUCCCCACAGUAGCCACUAUCCUUCGCCGUGGCAGUGAGAUCCGAUUUUAGUAGUCGGCGUGCGGAGAAGGUGGUUUGUGGAGCCAACGGAAAACCAUAGCGAGGGUUGCCUUUUCAAAGUGGGAGUGAAAGAGGAGGAUAUCGGGGGUUAGGACACGCUGUUACUCAGCGGAGGAGGCAGAGGCGCUGCACUCCCGAAGGAGACACCGGACUUAACGGAGGAGUCCCGAACGUUUGACGUCUGUGAUCCGGGAAGCGAACCGGGCAGAGACCUCAUGAAUGGAAAUCGGAACUACAGGAGCCGUUGGGCCCCAGGCCCUGUUCUCCAUGCCUCGGCGGCCUGGCUAUGGCACCAUGGGGAAGCCAAUCAAGCUGCUGGCCAAUUGCUUCCAGGUGGAAAUCCCAAAGAUGGAUGUCUACCUCUACGAGGUCGACAUCAAGCCUGACAAGUGCCCACGUCGAGUGAACAGGGAGGUGGUCGACUCCAUGGUGCAGCACUUCAAGGUCACAAUUUUUGGAGAUCGGAGGCCGGUCUAUGAUGGAAAGAAGAGCUUGUACACAGCCAACCCACUGCCUGUGGCACCGACGGGGGUGGACCUUGAUGUCACCCUUCCAGGCGAGGGAGGCAAAGACCGUCCCUUUAAAGUUUCCAUCAAGUUCGUGUCUCUGGUCAGUUGGCACAUGCUGCAUGAGGUGCUGACGGGCCGCAGCAUGCCUGAACCGCUUGAGCUGGACAAGCCCAUCAGCACCAACCCUGUGCAUGCCGUGGAUGUAGUCCUGCGACACCUGCCCUCCAUGAAGUACACUCCAGUUGGCCGAUCUUUCUUCUCAGCCCCAGAGGGCUAUGACCAUCCUCUGGGAGGAGGAAGGGAAGUUUGGUUUGGCUUUCACCAGUCUGUGCGCCCUGCCAUGUGGAAGAUGAUGCUAAACAUUGAUGUCUCUGCCACCGCCUUUUACAAAGCCCAGCCAGUUAUCCAGUUUAUGUGUGAAGUGCUGGAUAUCCACAACAUAGAUGAGCAGCCUCGCCCCCUGACAGACUCUCACAGGGUCAAAUUCACCAAAGAAAUCAAAGGUUUAAAGGUGGAAGUGACACACUGUGGAACGAUGCGGAGGAAGUACCGUGUUUGCAACGUGACCCGUCGGCCCGCCAGCCAUCAAACGUUCCCUCUGCAGUUGGAGAAUGGUCAGACAGUAGAACGCACAGUAGCCCAGUACUUCAGGGAGAAGUACAACCUGCAGCUCAAGUAUCCGCAUCUGCCCUGUCUACAGGUGGGCCAGGAGCAAAAGCACACCUACCUGCCCCUGGAGGUGUGUAACAUUGUAGCGGGUCAGCGGUGCAUCAAGAAGCUGACAGAUAAUCAGACCUCCACUAUGAUUAAAGCCACAGCUCGCUCUGCGCCCGACAGGCAGGAGGAGAUCAGCAGGCUGGUGCGAAGUGCCAACUACGAGGCGGACCCAUUUGUGCAGGAGUUCCAGUUCAAAGUGCGCGACGAGAUGGCUCAUGUGACGGGGCGAGUGCUACCCGCCCCCAUGCUGCAGUACGGCGGCAGGGUGAGCACUGAGCACUUUAUGAACCGCACGGUAGCCACGCCCAGCCAUGGGGUUUGGGACAUGAGGGGGAAGCAGUUCCACACUGGAGUGGAGAUAAAGAUGUGGGCCAUUGCCUGCUUCGCCACACAAAGACAGUGCCGGGAAGAAAUUCUCAAGGGUUUCACGGACCAGCUACGUAAAAUCUCAAAGGAUGCUGGGAUGCCUAUCCAAGGCCAGCCGUGCUUCUGUAAGUACGCCCAGGGGGCCGACAGCGUGGAGCCGAUGUUCAGACACCUGAAGAACACCUACGCUGGACUGCAGCUCAUCAUUGUCAUCCUGCCUGGAAAGACUCCGGUCUAUGCUGAAGUGAAGCGAGUGGGAGACACCCUCCUGGGCAUGGCGACUCAGUGCGUUCAGGUGAAGAAUGUAGUGAAAACGUCGCCUCAGACUCUCUCCAACCUCUGCCUGAAGAUCAACGUGAAGCUGGGAGGAAUAAACAACAUCCUGGUUCCUCACCAACGGCCAUCAGUGUUUCAGCAGCCAGUUAUCUUCUUGGGGGCAGACGUUACACAUCCGCCAGCUGGUGAUGGGAAGAAGCCUUCGAUUGCAGCGGUGGUUGGUAGUAUGGACGCCCACCCCAGCAGGUACUGUGCCACGGUGCGUGUCCAGAGACCCCGGCAGGAGGUCAUCCAGGAUCUGGCCUCCAUGGUGCGGGAGCUGCUCAUCCAGUUCUACAAGUCGACCCGCUACAAGCCUACCAGGAUCAUUUUCUACAGGGAUGGGGUUUCAGAAGGCCAGUUCAGACAGGUGCUGUACUAUGAGCUGCUGGCCAUCCGGGAGGCCUGCAUCAGCCUGGAGAAGGAGUACCAGCCAGGCAUCACCUACAUUGUUGUGCAAAAACGCCACCAUACUCGCCUCUUCUGUGCCGACCGCAAUGAGAGAGUUGGACGCAGUGGAAACAUUCCUGCUGGUACUACUGUGGAUACAGACAUCACACAUCCCUACGAGUUUGAUUUUUACCUCUGCAGUCACGCUGGAAUACAGGGCACCAGCCGACCCUCCCACUACCAUGUAUUGUGGGAUGACAAUUGUUUUACUGCUGACGAGUUCCAGCUGCUCACCUACCAGUUGUGCCACACCUACGUGCGCUGUACCCGUUCUGUCUCCAUCCCUGCACCUGCCUAUUACGCCCACCUGGUGGCCUUCCGCGCCCGCUACCAUUUGGUGGACAAAGAGCAUGACAGUGCUGAAGGCAGCCAUGUAUCGGGUCAGAGUAACGGUCGCGACCCCCAGGCGCUGGCCAAAGCUGUUCAGAUCCAUCACGAUACCCUGAGGACCAUGUACUUCGCCUGAGCAAACAUCCCUCCCCUAACCAUGAUCACCUUUAUCACACAAACACAAAAACAACCAUGCACGCCUGGUUUGCCAGUUGAGGAGUCCUCAUAGGUGCAUGCCCAGCUCCCCCACCCCCAACAUGCCGAGUCAAUGCGGACCUGACACUGUGCAGAAGAGAGAGCAGGGAGGAGGGAGGGGAGGAGGCACCCCUACACUGGACUGAGGAUUCAAACGCUGCUUUAAAGACAAACAAGACAGAAACUCAGCACUAUUAUGCAAUAUUAAACCAGCCAACUAGUUUAUUCCCACCCUUUUCAGGCCCCUCCUAUCUUUUCUUUCCUUGUUUGUGACCUUGUGGGUGUUUUUGUUUCUUUUCUUUUCCCCUCCUUCGGCACAGACCUUCCUAAUGGUCUCAUCCUGCACCAUCUCUAGUACCUCAAGUCAGUUUGAGCAGCAGCACUUUUACAUUCUUUCAGUUUUACUGUAGUUUGUCGAUACUCCCUGAGGUUUGAAACAAGAGAGAUGAUUUUUGUACUUUUAUGGACCACAGGUCCGUUACAUUGCCACUUUUUCCCCCUUUUCUUUCACUUCUCCCCAGUUUAUUACUUUAAUGAAGACAUAUGUUUUUUGAGCACACUGCCAUCUGUUGGCGACGAGGUAAAAAUGCCCUCUAAAAGUCACAAUGAGAAGUCGUCUUGAAACGUUUUAGAUGAUUUAUGAUUUAUUGUAACGGUCAGUUGUCAGGUUUGAAGUGGGGCAGUUUUUAUUGGCUGAUCUAAAGGAAAAAAUGCUGAAAUGCAGCCAUGUAUCUUUAAGUAUAACACUGUUUUUAAUCCAGUCAUUUCAUCUGCAUGCAGCGGAAAACUAUUGUUUUAUCCUUUUUAAUGAAUUAUGUAAGUGUUGUUCGCAUUCUUAGCAAUCAUCGUGCAUUCGUUUUCCUCAGUGCUUUAUCUUGCAUUUUCCCUGUUCAAGAUGGUGGAUAAUUUGAUUGUGACAAUGGUUUCCUUUAGUGCAAUAAUCAGCUAAACGAAGGGAAGAGGAUUUUAGGGGAUUUAAAUGACUCAUGAAUUUAAUAUUUCAAUGAAAAGUUUGCCCACUUCUAAGGCACUUAUUUUGUUGCUCCUCUGACUUAAAAAGGCAGUAAUUAUUUUUAUUUGAGGCACCUGUUGCUGUUGGGUAAAAAUGGUGCAUCCACAGUUAUGGUGAUUAUUAUGUUUCAACUUGAACUGAAGGAAUUUAUGCACCACUAUAGCUUCAGAGUAUAAUUGAUUUUAAAACUCCCAAACAUGAUUGUGUUUGAGAUUUUUUUUUUCAAAGAUUCUCUACAGAUGGCAGCAAAGUGGAGUGUAAAGGCCAUAUAGAAGAAGUAUUUUAAGUGCCUAGCAGAAAUGUUUAAUUAAAAAAAAAACUGUAAGAAUCUCAUUUCAGUCAGUUAAAGAAGUCACAAGCAGAAACUUUCACCUGAUGCCUGUCAUUUUUGUCCACAGCCAUCUGACUUGUCUAUACAUCUCAUUUAAAACUACUAUAGCUCAAAAUAUUUAUUCCCUUUUUUUUUCUUUUGUUAGCUGUUAGCUUUCCUUUAGAGCUGACUUUUUUACUUAGUAUUCAAAAGACAUGAAUCCAGCUGCUACAGUGGGCUUUUAAAAUAAUGGACUGGAUUUAUGGGUAUGGAGUUAAACUUGUGAUGAAACGAGAGACUUUCAGGAAACUUUUUUUGGAAGACGUCAGCCAGGUGUAAUUCCUGCCCAUUUAACUGGCCCUGAAUAGGAGAUGGCCUCAAAACGGAGCAGAGGAGUUAUGUAGGGGAUUUGCGGCUAUUUGGUCACCGAAGACUUUUCACAUCAGAUGUGCCUUAUUGGUGCAAACAACGUCUCCAAUAUGGCAGCAUUAGUGUUGUCAUCCAAUUUUAAAUGUGUAGUCUGUGGCUCCCUCUGUUGCUGCCUCAGAGGCAUUUCAGCAAUGAAAAAACUUUGAUCCCACUGUACACCUCUGGGCUUGGGUUGAUGAUUAUGAUUUUCCUUGGAAGUGUUUACAGUGCGGUCCCCACAUUACUCCUCCACUCCGUUGAAGACCUGAAGCUUGUUCAGGAACAUGUUUUUAAAAAGUUAUCUGCACUAAAAGAAGCAUGUGUUUCUAAAUGUAACACAGGCACGGUGCUACUCUAAGAGUUUGAAUCUGAGCCUCUGUGCAUGAGACUCUAAAUAAGCAGGUUAGGGUGAAAAAAAAAAGAAAACCUCAGAAUGGAAGGACAGGAUAAGGUGCUUUUGCUAUGGUUGAUGCAAAGAGUAGAUUUACAAAUAAUUUAGAGUUAGAUUUUUGGGGUUUGAGAUCUUGUGAACGGUACAACGGCAGACGUUCCUUUGAACAGUGAGGUAUAAUGUAGAGUCCUGCCUCUACUGUCGCAGCCUUGCAGUCUGGAGGCCAGUGUGUUUUGAGCCUUCAUUAUUUCACUAGUACCUUUUUAAAAAGCCAGAUUAUGAAAUAUAUUUGUACAUUUUAAGUUCUGUAAUGCACACCACUUAUUUUUGCUAACAGAAAAGAUGUAGUCUAAUUAUUAAUCUUAGUAAUUAAUGUAUCAUAAAUAAAAGUCUAAUGUAUCAUAAGUAAAGGUUAAAAAGAUAUAACACAGUUGAAUUAUUGCAGCUGACUGUUGACUCGUUCCUGUGUCGGUGUGUAGACGUUUAGUACCUGUAUGAACAGCGGUGGGGUUGUUGGACCUAGUGACGUGUUUGGACUGUUGUCGGUAGGGAUGUGGACCUCAGCCACCGCUUUCUUUGAUGUUUGGAUAAAAGAAAAAAAAAAGCUUGCUUGAUGCUCUUCUAAUUUUUUUUCUCACAGCUGGAAAAUUAAAUGAAAUGAUGUUGGCAUGCUCUGAGAAGAUUUUAUUUCAGGACAGAAGAGUCAGUAGUCAAUAGUUUGCUGUUGAUGCCUUUGAAUGUGUUGACUGCUCCUUGUAAAUACGGGGUAGAGCAGUUUUUGUGAUCCAUUUCAAAUCCACAUGAUCAAGGAAAUAACUUGACAAUUGAGCCAUAGUUCUCAGUUCCUUUGAGUUAAAUCCUCUAAGGAUUUGCGUCGCACUGCAACCUCUGUUCCAAAAGCUGGCCUCAAGCCCUUACCAUGACCAGAGCGUCGGCCUACUGGCAAAUCAGCGUGACAAAGCCUGUAAUCUCGUUUUUUACACCUAAAUAAAGGUUCUCCUUUAUGCCAGAGGACUACAUUCAGUGGCCGUACAAUCCCCCCCACUCGGAAAAUGAAAGGUUGAAACCGAAGGACAAUUUAGUGGGCUUUCCGGAGAUUUCAAGUGUUUGUGUUUUUGGAAGGACUUUUAAAUGAUCAGUGAAAGCUUUAUGCGGUAGGUUAUGUUGGAAGUUGAACAAAUGAGUGCAUGGCAGAAGAAGGAGGAGGAUUGUUUCUCGUUAGGCUGAAAAGCAUGUUGAGGGCAGUUGAACACAUGUUUACAUGGCUGUUAUGUGUUUGCCUGUCUUAUGUUUUUAAUGCCAUCAGUUGCUUCUUGCAAAUACAACUAGAACAUUUCAGGCCUGCCGAUGUAAACGCUCAAUUGUAUUUUUUUUUUUUUCUGAAACUGACAUUUCCUUUUUACUCUUUUUUAAAAAAUGUUAUUUGAUUUGAAAUAGUUUGGUGCGCAGAAUAAAGAAUAAAACACCUAAUUCUCUUAGAUUUCUCUGUAGAAGAUAAGGUUUUCCAUUUUUUGUGUUGUAGAAGUAGCUACAUUGAACCUUUUUGUAGUAAUCGAUAGGUCCACCUGCUUUGGUCGCUAUGCUUGUUUCAGGGAGGUAGCAAAGGAGUGAGAAGAAGUCCACUGAAAGUGCCUUUCCUCUCGAUGGUGCUGUUAUGUGAAAAUGUAAAACUGAACUUAUAAAAUCUCCUCAGCAGUGGCCACUUUACUACUCUCCAAGUGUUUGUUGGCAAUCCAAACAGGAAGUCAAUGUACCGAGACAGUGAGUCUGUAGAAUAGGAGAAUAUAAUGCCAAGUAGAUCUUUGUAGGAUGUUUGGUGUCUUGGACCAGAGAUUCGUUGGGACAGUUGGAUGUGGUUCAGGUUCGGUUUGCGUGGAGCAUGGGUGGCGGCGGGGAUCGUUUCUUUUACGGCCCCCUGAUCACGAGCGAUGAACUUAGCACAGCACUUUAGAGACUGCCACUCUCACUCAGACAUAUAGCCAAGAGGUUUCAGUCCCUGUUCCUCCAUUUUUCCAUCCGGCUUGGAGAAGAUCCAACCCGUUGCUCGGUUAUUUGAAGUGUGCCUCGUUUUCUCAUGGCUUCGUUUGGCUUGGAUGAGUCUGCCUUCUCUCUUGUGUCUGUUUCCUCUCAGAAACUGCCACUCGAUACAUCGCUGUAGCCACAGCUGGGCAUCAGUUAACAAUUUGUUGGGCCUAAAAUGUUGAAGCCAAUUUUGCACUGACAAACAUCAUGUUCUCAAAUGGUUUUUCUCAGACUGAAGAAAGCAAGACGAAUAAGAUCUCAAUAUGCUUGAAUAAGCAGGGAAAAAAAUAGUUAAGUGUCCUUUUAGCUAACUGUGAGAAAAGCAGGUUCUGUGUCAGUAUUGAGAUUUUACACUUGAUGCCCAGCCCUAGUAGCAGCAGCAACAACCUGUGGCAUUUUUUCAUCGCGAUGCAACACCCUGCCUGUGUGUGUCGUCUCUGAUGGAGGGAACGUGUGCCCAACACAGUCCCCCUCGUCUCAAGCCGCUAUGGCAACAACUAAGAACCGAGGGACGUCUCUUUCCGAGGGGGUGGAAG